UUAACAUGUCUACGCGAAGCCAGCUAAUUAAGAAAGGGAUAGAAAAUUGAAAGAAAGAGAGAUAAGGCAGUUCCACUCCACCCAUUCCGUUCCCUGUCCUUCUAGUUUUUUCUUCCCCCAUUCGACCCUUUCCCUAUUACUUCGCCGAAUCAGGCAAAUCCAGAAUCUAAAGGAACCAUCGUAUCUAGAAAAUUAUUGUUACCAAAUUAUCUUCGAGUUCAUAAUGUUGAUCUUUCUUGGUGGGAGAUUUGAUCGGCAAGCAAUAAGAGCUGUGAAAUUUACCGCCACGCUUGGAAUUUUGGAAGGUGAGCGGGUUUUCUCCCUCGUCAAAUUUUGCCGCCAUCAUCUCCUGUCAUAUAUAACAGCCCUCUUUAUAUAUGGUUGGUUCGGUGGGCAGUAGUCUUCUUUGACAUUAUUCUCUACAGUCCAGUCUCAGCCACAUCAGCCACAAGGUAAGCAAUUGCAUUUGCCUUUUGUUUUCGUUCGGUUUGGAUCAGUUUGUUUUCGAUGUGUUUCCCUCCUAUCGGUAGUUGAUGUUUCACUGGGGUUCUCUUUGGUUGUUGGGUUCUUUUGAUCGAUUAUGAGUUAUUGGGUAUUGUUACCACUGUAUGUAUGUAUUGUUGCCACUGUAUGUAUGUUUGGCGCACGCCUAGUUCAAUUAGGAACAAAGCAUAGAGGGAACAACUCACCUUUGGCAUUAGCGCUGAUAAAAGUGUUGAUUGCACUUAAUAGCUAGGAAUUGCGCCUAAUCACUAAUCAGGUAAGAAGCGAGACUAGGUGAUGGAGUGUGGCCCUAGGCGUUUGUCAUCUAAAUCAGCUCCCCUCCCUCACAACACAGCAUUUUGUAUGCUCGACAUCAUCACUUGGAGAAGCUCAGCGAUGGAGUGGGGUUCUCUGCUGGAUAGAAAAUUCAGCAGCAGGGGUUAGCCUUUCUUGUUUGAUGAAUUUGAAGUACAACUAUAACAUAGAAUAUACUCUACAUGUAUGCAUUAGUAUCUUUGGAUGUUAAUCUACAGGUGUCGAGCGCUCGCCUUACGCCUAACGCUUUUUUGAACCUUGGUUAGGGGAUAUACUUUUGUGUUAUUGUUACUGAUUAAUUCUUAUAAUUGCUUCCUAAUUUUCAGAACGUAUCAAGAACUAUGAUAGGACCUAGAAUACCCCAGAAUGUCAAGAGUAAGAGUAGAAACACAUGUCCUCGAUUAAAGAAAUAAUCAGAACAAGAACCUAGGCGUCUGAAUAAAAUGAUUGGCCCAAGUCCCACGAAGCGAUCCAGAAUCGAAGUCGGCUCAACGCUCAAGGAGAAGCCAGCUACACAACUUUCACAAUCAACACGAAAUACAGUUGACAUCUCUAGAAGGUAUGUUGGAUAUUCGAAGAAGGUAUCUAUUCCCAGUAGGGACUUUACAUCUUCACAGCCGAUUUCUACCAAAGCUAAUCACUUUAACGAGCGUUGAAAGUCACACAAAGGACCAUCUUCGUGGAAUGCGCGUGAGGAGGAAGAUGAGGAUUAUGAAAUGGAAGAUGAUGGUGAAUACGAUUCCACUGACCAAGAUUGCAGUGAAGAUGAAGUUGGGGAUGCAUCUGAGGUACCAACUGCCACUGAAUUUGAAAAUCAAGCAGAAAACCUAGUACAUAAGAGAACAAGGGGUCCAACAAAAUGCAAGGCGAUUCACGCCCGAGAACUUGAAGAACGUGAGACUGUCAUUGUUAAUGAUUUUGGCCAACCAAUUCAAGAUGAUAAGAUUUGCAACCAAUUCAGUAGUUUCUUGGGAACUGUGGCGCGAAGCAGCAAGUUUCUCCCUCUGCAUUAUGUUUCAUGGCCUCAUGUUCCGAAAGAGAAGAAGCUGAAUGUGAUGAAUUAUGUUAAGUCCAAGUACAUAUUUCCACCCAUUUGUGAGAAGUGGGUUAUGAAGACAGUGUCAUCAGCAUGGAGAAUACAUAAGUGUUCCACUAAAAGGAAGAUGAAAGGGUUCAAAACAAGAGCUGAAAAGUUGGCAAAUUGUCCAGAUACAAUUCCGACACACGUAAUGGAGAAUCUGUUGGAUCAUUGGGAGAAGCCAGCUGUGAAGGAACAAAGUGCAAGAAACACUAAGGCUCGAGAGGGUCAGGUGAAUCAACAUAAAUUAGGAAGGAAGAGCUAUGCACGACAAUGCCACCAGCUGAAGAAGGAGAAGGGAAAUGAUGAAGAGCCAACUGAAAUCGAAAUGUUUCUCAAAACUCGUAAAGUGAAUGAAGGUCCUGACAUGGACGAAAAUACAAGAGUUCAAUUUGAGGAGUUACAGAAUCACUUUGUGGGAGAAGGAGAAGAAGAACAAGAGGAAAUAGUAUGGAGGCCAAAUUUACGAUUCCAUGGACGAGACGUGACUCCAAACAUGUUAAAGAGGAAACACGAAGGUGUUGCUGCGAUAAAUCAAGAAAAAGGGACAACCGCAAAUCCAUCUAUGUUGUCUGAAGAUGUGCAAAAAAGGCUGGAUCAACAAACAUCUCAACUGUCAAAUGGAUUGCGGAAUGCUAUGGCAUCGUUGAAGGAAUCCAACCCAUCUCUUGUCAUCCCCCAGAACAUGUUUGACUUCUUGCUGGUGAACAAUCCUACAGAGGCUAACAGGAACAAUGAGAAUGAAAUGUCCAUCCUAGAUACCGCAGAAUAAGCUUUCAUUUAGUGGAUUUCAGUUUCUGAUUGACUUAUUUAUCUUUAGCUCGAUGUUUCAAAAGUUUGCGCAGCUCAUUUCAAUUCAUUAAACUCCAUUUGGUAUACUUUUUUCUAGAUUCUAUUAAUAAAGAACGUGGUUCUUAUGCAUACAAGUGAUUUUCUUUGAUAGCUUGGCUGGUGGGUCGCUUCUUAAGGACCUGUUAAAGCUUGCCCCCAUUAAUACAAGCAUAAUACACGUUUGGAGAUCAG